AUAAAUGAUAUUUGAUUGAUAAUUUUAAAGUAUUUUAUUAGUUGAUUCCGUGAAUUUUAAUAUUUUCAUUUUCAAAUGUUAUGUAAUGUGAUAAAAAUGUGUAAUUAGUUAUAAAUUCUUCCGAUAAACAUGUUUAGUAAAAAUUUUAAUUUUUAAUGUUGUGUUUAUGUUAACUAGUAAAUUAGUAUUUUAUAGUAUAAUCUUUGAAUAUUGUUGCAAAAAUGGUUUUCGUGAAAGAGGAAUUUGGUGUAUAAUAUAUAUUAGCGGCAUAACCAAUUAAAACAUUUAUAAUGAAAUAUGGUUUUUAUAUUUGAAAAGGCUAGUGUAGGUUAUAAAUGAGGAUCUCUUUAUUUUGAGGCAAAAAUAAACAGAGUGUGGCGGUUAGGUGUUAUAAUAUGUGGAUAUGUAUCUUCAUAGACGUGUUCUGAAAAAAACUUAAUUCUUCGUGUAAACUUUUUGUUGUACACACACGUAUAUCAGGAUGUCUAACCCACUACGAUGUCAUUCACGAAGUGUAAUGAAGCUUGAGGAGGAGUCUGAUGACGGCGAUAGUAGGGAAUAUGUGCGGAGUCCUGUUAAGGCCACAAGACAUAAGAAAUCUUCCAAGAACUCCAAACAUGCCAAGUCUGUAGCUUCUAUGCACGAAGACAACCAUACCUGCUCGGAUGAAGUCCCUGAUUGGCCAUAUGACGACUUUUUGGAACUGAUAAAUAGGAUGAGUGCUAACAUUCCUGAAAAAGAUUCCCUUUCAUAUAGUUGUAGAGCAGAAAAGCUGAAUUGGGACGAGAUUGCCUUUGGUGGAUACAGUGGAGAUGAGUGUAAAGAAACAUGGGGUAAAAUUCAAAAAAGGAUACGUAAGUUUAGACUUUUACGAGAAGUUUUGGAAGAUGCCAAGGAUUGGGUUAGCAAACCAUGGACAAAUUUCUACCGUUCAGAGAAAACUAAUCGUCAUCCAGAUUUUCCUAAACGACCUUUGUCGUCGUACAUGAUGUUCUACAUGGAAAAAAAAGACGAAGUAGCUCGACAAAACCCUGGCUUGGAUAUGACUUCAAUUUCUAAACGCAUAGCUGAAAUGUUCAAUAACUUGUCAAAAAAUGAAAAAGAUAAGUAUGUGUCAGUUGCAGCAACAUUACGUAAAGAGUACGAGGAAAGAUUGUGUCAAUUCAACCAGGAGCACCCAGAACUGGCUACAUCCUCUUUAAAAUCUAAAGAGAAAAAAAAGAAGUCAGCAUUUGGUUUGCAAAAACCACUCACACCAUUCAAGUUAUUUCUCGGUGAGGAAGUGAAUCGCCACAAGAAUGACCCAGAAUUUAAUCGAAAUGCAUUGACGGAGCACUGCAAAGAAAAGUGGCGAAAUAUGGUAGACCAAAAAAAAGUAGUGUGGAUAAACCGAGCACUGGAAAAAGAAGCCAAGUAUUUCGAAGAAUUGAAGUCUUUGGACCCAGAUAUAGAUUUAUUAAAAAUGAAGCCGGUGGUAACGAAAGAGGAGAAGAACCUGGCGGAGAAAGCGGCGGGGAAACCCGGCAAGCCCCCGAACUCGGGCUACAGCUUGUUCUCGCGAAUCAUGCUGAUGAGCCCGGAGAUGAAGCAGAUCGAGGCGAAGGAGCGCAUGAACGUGAUCUCGCGCCUGUGGAAGAGCCUGAAGGAGGAGGAGAAGCUGAAGUACCGGGACCAGGCGGUGAGCAUGCUGGACCAGUACAAGCUGGAGUACGCCUCGUACCUGGAGUCCCUGCCCGAGGACAAGCAGCAGGAGGAGCUGCUCAGCAACAACCCCAAGCGCAAGCCGCCCGCCAGGCCGGACUCCAGGCCGAGGCAGAAGAUGCCGAGGCUGGACCCGGGGGCGACGCCCGCGCGGGCGGAGGGGGCCCCGCUGCUGUACAAGGGGGAGCCGCCCCCUCCCCCGGUCAACAUGUUCAAGCUGUUCGUGAAGGAGUUCGCGGAGAGGGCCCGCAGCAAGAACGUGACGUACUCGGAGGAGGAGGUGAAGCGCUGCUGGCAGGCGCUGCCCGCCGCCGACAAGGAGCGCUACCUGGAGCAGUUCCGCGCCAUCAAGAACCGCUACAUGCAGGAGUACGAGAGGUUCCUGAAGGGCCUGACGCAGGAGGAGCUGAAGGAGUACUCGCUGCACAAGUCGAGGAUGGACAGCUCGAGGCAGGCGGGGCAGAGUCCCCGGGACGCCGCUUCGGGGGCUUCCUCGUCGGGCAGCAGCGAGCGGUCCAGCUCCAGCAGCUCGGACAGCGAUGACUCCAGCGACUCGGAGAGCGACAGCGAGCCCUCGUCGUCCAGUGCCUCCGAGUCAGAGUGACACCUCGGUUUAUACUGUACAUUGAUAGUCAUCACUUAGUGUACAGUUGCAAGCCACGUGUCAGGUUGGGGAAAUGGGGUUGGAAAAUUUACAUCACAAAGUUAACAGUGAAUGGAUUUAUCUGAUUUACGAGUCUAAAAACUAAAUUCUAAUCAAUAAUUGUGAAGAUAAUGUUCAACUCCAUACUAGCUAUCUAUUAAUGCAUGCAAAUGUUUUUUAGUUUUUGUAACAUUAGGCUAAUGCAAAAAAAAAGUGUUCAUCACAAGCUGUCAACAUAUACGACUUGAAAUGGUAAAACUUAAAUUCAUGUUUGGUAUAAAGUAAGAUGCAUUUAUAUUUGUGAUUUUUAAGUAUUCUAUUUGCCAGCAUUGUGAUACAGUUCAGCGAAUAAACACUAUGAAGUUAACCAGAAAAUUACUAGAGGAGUAAAAGUAACGAAAAAAGGCGUACCCGUAUGUAUUCGUUUAUAUAACAAUUAGUACUCGUUACUAUCGUAUCGUUACGUUACUCGUUACUUCUGAUACCACAUAACAUGCUAUGUUAUGUUACAGCAAUGAAUUGAGUCGUAUUACGUACGCAUACAGUAUGACGUCGCAUAAAUAAUAAUAAAUUGAAUAUAAACAAUUAACAAUAUUUGAUAAUUAUCAGUUUUUGUUAACCAAGAAGCAAUUAAAUCUCAUUAGAGCGGCUUUAUUAUAUUAUCUCUUUAAGAUAAGAAAAAAAAAACGUGAAAUACGCGAUAAUAAAAAACAAAAACAUACAUAUUUCUUCUUACGUUGUUUCUGUUCCAAUCUCAAACUUUGUCUACACACACAAUACCUUUAAUAAACAGUAAAAAACUUGGACGACCAAUUUACAAAUUAUACUUUACUUAAUAAACAAACAUCGUUCUUUGUCACGUACGUUUUUAAAUUCAUCAAAUAAGCGCGCGCAUGCGUAAAAUGUACGAAAAAUGCGAGUAACGAAAUGCAUUCGUGUGUAACGUUUCGUUACUCGUUACUAGAUGGCGCACCCGUUACUCAGUACCGAAUACAUACGGUUUGCUACAGCUCUAAAAAUUACAGCAUUUGUAGGUUCUACACAUGGUGAUUGCAUUUUCAAACAUUUCUAAAAAUUUUCACCAAAAAUGAAACGAGCAGAAAUGUCAGCCAAAACACAAAAAUCUAUGUCUGCUGUCCCGUAAUUGUGUUAUGAUUUCAUAACGUCGUACAGUACUCUAGCAUUGAGCAUUCAUGUCAGUUUUGCUAAGUUUGUAAGCUAGGUCUUGUGUAGAUAAGUUUUCAGCGUGCAAGGCAAAUGGAAAUUGUAAUACGUAAAAAUAUUUCUUUGAUUACAAUUUGUAACAAAUUGCUAUACAAACAUGUAAUUGCUUGGUUUUUAUACUUAGCAUAAAUUUGCAAUUUGUUGUCUUAAAUUUCACAAUAAUUUACUAUUGUAUGUUCAGGGUUCCAACAUUGUUUGAGUUUACACGCAUAAUGUAUGUAGUUAAGAACAACUAUCUAAAUUUGUAAGCUACUGUGUGAUGUAAUUUUUUCAAUGCCGAAUAAUGCUCUCUGCAGUAGGCCUGUGUCAGUGGUGUAAGAGUGAUGUAGCAGCCUACUGAUAUUUAAUUUUGUAAAUGUUAUUUUUACACUGAUGCUGGAACUUCGUAAAUGAAUUCUAGAGAUGAGUUAGAAAAUCGUUUUUUUCUUCUUCUAUUAGUUGAAAAUAAAAACAAAUGUUGCUAUUAUGAGAUGAUCAGAGAUGUUUUAGGUAAUAUUUUUGUUUUGAAAUGAUCAAAGCAAUGCUGAGCGAAAGUUGGUCGACAUCGAUGACUGAUUUUCAUUUUGAUUUGGACCCUUCCUUACAUAACUUUUAACUUGCCACAAAAUAUUGUGUCUUUAACUACCUAUUAAAAAGUUGAUAUGAAAUGCAAGUGUUGGGUAUAUUAUUUCUAGUUAUUGUUCAUGAUAAUUUAUGUUGAUCAGGUAAUAUUCAAAUAAUUUGCAUCCAUUUUGAAUGCUUUGUACGGCAACAGGUUGCUUAUUGUUUUUGAAUGCAAUUAAAGAUUUUUUGUUAUUUAGAAUUAUUAUAUUAAAUUACAUUUACUUAUGCCUAGGAUACAUUCGCAAUAGCGUGCAAACAGCAUUUAAAUAGCACAGUUGUAUAUGCACAACGCAGAAUGAAGCUACAGUCGUACACAACAUACUGGUUCGAAGCAAUUCAACUGUUUCCUCCUCCUUAUGUACGUGUGACAAAAUUUUUAGUUUCAAACGUUUGAAUAUUGUCAGCUAAAUAUUUAUAGAAACAGUUUUUACGUCAACCCAAGAAUUUAAUUUCACCGUUUUGUUUUUAAUGACCAGGAUUAUUAACUAGAAAGCAUUGGGUUACAUGUUAAAAUUGAUUUCACUAUCUUUGAAAUGCAUGUAUCAAACCAAUAGUUAUUUACUGAAUGCCGCUAACCUAGGGUACGUUGAUUGGCCGUCGCUCAGCACAGAGUAAAGUUAGAAGUACAAGAACUUUCUGUCUGCUGUUUUGCUGUGCAUGUGCGGUUUUCCAAUGCAGCAGCUGCUGUCGGUUUGAGUUCAUUCAACUGCAGUACGUCUGUGCUGUUGCGAAUGUAGCCCAGCUUUUAGCAUGUACUUAAUGGUUAAGGUGAAAUUUUUGGUCAGAUGUAGAUCCGUCAUUAAAAUGUUGAAAUAUAUAAUUGUAACUUAAUAAGAUCAGUUGAAUGUGCAUAUUGGUAUAAAGUUGAGGUUAUACUAUUUGAUUCAAAUUUAUUAACAGAUAAACUUUUUAAAAUGAUUUAUCUACUUCUACAUUGGUAGUAUAAAUUUAGGAGGUUGAAGUAGUUCAUAAAGAGAAUGAACUUAGGGCAACAAAAGUUUUGUUGAGUUGAUGAAACAGUGCUAGGUAUUAUAGAUCUAACAUUUCGGUUUUUUCUUUAAGUUCUUGGUUUACUAGGAUCACUAAAAACGAAAACAAGAAAGUAGAAUCACUGAGCUAAAGUCUUGACAUCAAAAUAUAGCGUAUUGUAUGUCUUCAAUGCUAUGAAUUUGAAUUAAAUACUAUUAUUAUAAUAGGUUUAUCUUCUAAAUAUAAUUUUUUUAAUUUUUAUAUAAUGCAGAAAUAGCUUCUGUGGUAGGUGUAAUAUAUGUGUGGUUAAGAGAUGAAAAAAAGAAUUUGAAUAAAAAAGUAUGAAUUAUGUCUGUGAUUGCUGUUAAGAUAGGCCUAUGUGUGCUAAAAUAAUUAAAAGAAAAAUACUUCAGGUUUUUUUAUGCAUAAUGUAAGUCAUUUUUAAUUCUACAUGAGCUCAUAGUAAUGUUUGUUUCUUGUUUGAUAUUUGUUUAGAGGGCUAGUAAAAAUCUAAAACAGACAUUCCCACCAUUCACAUGAUGUUGCAGUUGAGUUUAUAAUUUUUGUUGAGUUUGUAACGCGUACAAAAUUUAAUUUUGGCUGUAACUGAUGGCAUCUAAAGCAUAAGCCCUAAUUCAAAAACUCAUAUUAUAAACAUUUCAAUCAAAAAAGGGGUUGACUCUUUGAACUGCAAGGUAGUAAACCUUUAUUAUUUAUAAUGUAAUAAAGUAACAUAAACUAUUAUUCAUAAAGGAUUAAUGACAAUAAGCAAUGUCUAGAUGCGAUACAUGCCCAAGCAUCUGACGAUGUUCAAGUAGUGUUGUUAAACAAGUGAAAUGAUUUGAAUGUUGAAUGUCAAACAGUCUCACUCACCAGGUGUGUUAUUUCAUUUUCUUGUUAUUACUAUUUUUGGAUGGUUUUCCUGUAAAUUUAUUCCAAUAGCUAUUUUGCAUUUUAUGUUUUGCUCAAAUUUUCUCAUCAGUUAUGUUCGAAAUAUUAUCUAAAAGCGGUAAAAAAACUGUCAAGCGAGUGUUCAUAUUUAUGAUCAUUGCAUGACUUUUAGUUAAAAAAUAAUAUUCAGUAAAGAAACAAGCUGUGAUAAAAUUUGUGACCAAACAGCAAAAUGAUGCUAUCGGAAUAAAUUUUCAAGAAAAGCAUUCAGUUGUUAGUAAUGUUAAGAAAAUUAAAUAGUCAACAUGUUGAGCAAGAUAGAGCCUUGCAAUUUAGAACUGAAUAAAGUUUUGUGAGUAAAUCAUCUUUUGAUAAGAUCUGCAUUUAAGCCAGUUUGGCCUUCCGUCAUAUCCAGAUCUUCGGUAUGAAACAGGUUAUUUAAAAAAAAAACUUCUAAAAUUUGAAAGUUUUUGACGUGAUAACAUCUUAUAAAUCGAUUAACGCCGGCUGCACGCACAAAAAAGCAUGACUCAUUGUCACGUUCCGCCUGAGCCGAGCAUGCAAGAACCAGCCAACCACUGUGCGAGAAAAUCUUCUAUAAUAUCAAACAGGUUAAGGCGGGCUUUUUAAAAGCAGCAAUUUAAAAAAUUUGAUAUGAAAUCAUUUAAAAUUAUCGUCCGUAAACCGACUUUACAGACAACCCCCCCCCCCUUUUUUUUUAAAAUGUUUUUUUAAGAUGUUUUUAAUUUAACUCCUGGCUUUUUCUCAGACUCACAAGGUACAGAAAACCUGGUACCCGACAUUGGGAGUGGUGGGUGGAAUUGCACAGCUGUUCCAGCAUUAAGGACACGUGACACGGAGGCAGUUGAUCACCGUGCGAGCGGGAAUGCGAGGCGUUCAGCGCUCCUGGGCUCCCAGAACGUGAACACUGGCCAUGCCUCGUGCCUGCAGGUUUGUGGUUCCCGCCUGCAUACCCGCUCGCAGUGAGUCUCCAGUGGGCGCCUAUAACUUGCAGUGCCUGCCUGUUUGUCCUUUAUAUAUUGUUUUGCCUAUGUAUUUUUUUUUUGACGUGAUAACGUCUUAUAAAUCGAUGAACGCCGGCUGCACGCACGAAAAAGCAUGACUCAUUGUCACGUUCCGCCUGAAACGAGCGUGCAAGCGAGAGCGCGGAACAAGCGAUAGAGAUGCACGAUCGGCAUAAGCAUUCGGCUUGUGACGCAUCUAUCUCUCUUCCACUCCACCGGCCGAUGCGUCCGAGUAGAAGAGAGACAGCGGCAGCACACAACCUACACAUGAACUGUUUUGUCAACUGUUUAUAAAGUAAAGUGAAAAGUUAAUGUGGUUUCCAUUGUUUAUUACAACAACAAUUGCGGCAAAAAAGGUAAUUAAUUCUUGCAUUUUAAGAAUUUGAUUAGCGAUAUAAUCUCAUAUAUUUGUUCUUUGAUUAUUAAAAAAAAAGUAGCACCGGUCGGGGAGUGCAGUAAUGAUAGAUUAUGUUACAAUGUUGACUAAAAAAUUAUUAUCUUAUAUAAACUAUCGUAUAAAAUGUCAACUGCUUUUAUUUAGUAUUCAGUGAAAAAAGUAUGAAAUUUUUCAUCAAUGUUUUCUUAUGACAUUACGUAAAAUUAUUGUCCGUAAACCGACUUUACAGACAACCCCUUAAUUUUUUUGUUUGUCAAUAUGUUGUGCCCACCUUAAAAAUCCCUCGACUGUUGGUGGACAUGAGACAAAUUGUAAAUAAAUAAUCAAAAAAAUAAAUAUAUAAAUAAACAAACAAAUUAAAAUAAUAAUAAUAUUGACAAGAAUAACCCUUAAACCAAAGUAAUGUCACAAAUUUAAAUAAACUGUGUGGUGUCCAAUACAGAACCUAAUUUGGAAUAAAAUUUAAAGUUUAAUUUUUCACAAAUCAUCCAACUUAAAAAAAAAAAUCAAUAUAAAUAUUUUGGAAAAUAUUUUUUUAGGUAGAAUCCAUUAAGUUGAACUCAACUGUAUUUUUUUUUGGGUGAAGUUUAAAAAUGUUAAAGGUCAUUGAAGAUGUCAAUUUUUGUACAGUUUUAGCUAAGGCUAUAACUGAAAAUCGAAGAUAACUGCUGUUACGAAAUUCUUGCCAUGAGUGUGUUGGAUGUUUGUUUGGACAGAAAAUACUAAGAGUACUUUCAUCUCAAAUAGUUCACAAGCCUAGAGCAAAUGGCAUGGAAACUUUGUUGCUCUAGUUCAGACUCACUUUUGGCUGUUUGUAGUUGAUGUAGUAAAACUCUUGAAAAUCUUCAAGUAUUUUUAUUUGUUCAGGAGUCAGUUAGCCUCAUCUGAAUAUUGACUUCUUAGUCAUUGAAAGGUUGACUAAACAAGAAGUUGCAUGGGAUGUUGUGUUAAAUCCCUUGGUUUUCACGGAAAGUGAUGACAAUUAUUAGUUGUAGUGAUUGACUUCUUACCAGUGAGGCUGCAACCUGAUCAAAUUCUGAGUUGUACCGCAGAAAUUAUCCUUGUUACCACUUAGACCUUAAAAUGUAUGAUAGUAAUGUUUAAGAAUACUACAAAAUGUCACACACAAAAAUAUUAUUAAAUUAUUUUCACAGUCCCACAAAAUGUAGAAUUGCACAUAAAAAUAAUUGUUACACCGGUUUUUCAAAGUUUUCUCAUUGUGUAUCUAUGUCACUAUGUGCAAGUGAAGAUAAUGUAAAUAGGUCCCUACUUAAUGUGUUUGAUUAGAAAAAAAAAUGGCUAAAAAUAAUUUUGGUCUUAUUAAGAUUGCAAUACUUUUGAGGGUUAAACCUCUUGUUUAAAAAAUGUUGGUUUUGACUUUGGGUUUAUUAGGUUUUACAACAUUGGACUAAGUUGUUUUUCAAGUAUUGUAUGGAUGUGGUCAUUGUAUACUAUAAAGUUAUUUUGUGUUCCGUAUCAAAUUGUCCAAGUACUUGUGAAACCCUCAAAUAUGCAGUCACAAAAAAAAAGUUGUUUGCAAGCAAGAUAUAUUAAAUUUAUAAUUAUUCAGAUAAGUCAUACAUUUUUGUAAUGUUAACUUUCUUUUGAGUUAAUCUGAGAUUGGCUGUUUGUGAUGUUCACAAUGGCAGUGCCUAAUAUUGCUCAGUCAAAGUGUGUGUAUGAUAUGAAGUGUAGAUCCAAGAGCUGUGGGGCUGUGUGUGUUCAAGACUGAAUGUAGGUUUAGUAAACCGAACAUCACUGGCGGUACUGUGUUUAGCAGUUAAAACAUCACAUUCUUAUACUCUCUGCUGGCUGCUUGCUGUUUUCAUGUAUUUGUGUAAAGAACCGGUGAUAAUUAACAUUGCACCCGUGGUUUAAUUUUCUUGCCAUUGCUAUUACUUAAUGGCAUUUAUGUAUUUAAAAUAGCGAUUGAAAGUGACAUCCGUGUUCGUAAUUACAAAAUUUGUGACCAAAAAAACAAAUACAAGAGAGAUAUUGUGAUAAAUAGACAGGAAUAGCCAUGGCAAGACUGAAACAACCAACUUGGCUUGUGAGAUAGAGUCUCGAGAGAAGUUUUCACCCUCUGCUUUUCGGAGCAUCCGAACUUGAAAGCUUGCUAAAGAGAGAACCCUACAACAAAAGCUGAAUGAGUUUGCUUUAUGUCAUUUUGACAACUUUCUGAUAAUGCUACAUAGUUAAUUUCAAGAAAAUUUAAAAUGAUUUUCAGUUCUCGCAAUUUAAGAGAAAACAGAUUUGGCUCGAGCAAGCCCGUAGGCUAUUUCAGUAAGUACGUAAGACUGUUUGUCAUUUUGUGGCACCGGUAACAUUACAUAUACUACGUACCUAAUCAACCCAUCAUAAAAUUGGCUAGAUUGAACAUGAAAAUGGACUAGAAAAGCAGGUAGGCCAGAUGGACUUACAACAGAUAUGGAAUGAAUAAGAUUAGAAAUCCAUGCCAGUAAAAAAAAAACAAUAGGCCUGUGUCAUUUUGGUUUUUUCAGCAUGUUUUAGACAUAUAUACGUAUAAACCUACAGACACACAAAAAACUGACUUUGUUUCAGCUGGGAUCAAACAUGACCCUAGUUGGGAGAAAAAAAUGGAUACCAAUGUUGCUAUCAAUGUUUGGAAUGCACAUCUCAGACACAAAAUUUCCAUCAUCGGAUGUAAUCAAUACUUAACGUUUGAGCAAUUAUUGAAUAACCAUUUUCAAAGGCUUUUAAUCAGUAUUUCAUCAAAGUUGGUCAUUUUUAUCUGUGAAUACCAUUCUAAAACAAGUAGUAUAGAGUUUUAAAAUUUGGUUUUCGAAUUGUUUGACACAUAAUUCAAUAAUCUUGAGCCUUAUGUACAGAGAUAUUUAAUAUAUUUACAUGGCCGUACCUACAAUACACUUGUGUCAUUUGACUAAGCACUUUACAUCUAAUAAUACCUUAGUAUGUAAAUUUAAACUUAUGCUCAAGUUUCAGUUCAUAUAACAAAAUAUGUAGUUGUAAAAAAUCAUCACAAAUCAUUCAUUUAAGCCGAUGGAUCUCUGGCAGUACAUAUUUUCGGUUAACAAUUUUUUUUUGAGAACCACAUCAUUAAAGAAAAACAUAGGCACUAUGGAUCAUUUUCAAUCAUAUUUUGAUGUUUAUUGAUUUCUGUGAACAGUUAAAUUUUCUUGUCAGAAUAAUUACUUGAAAAAAUGUUUAGUUCUUUUAUAUAAUUUAAUAAAUUAGCAUUCUGGUGCAGACUGUCGAUAAUUUUGGUGGCCCCGUCACUCAACUUGCUCGGCCAUUUCUUCCGUGGAAGUAGUACAGACAUUAACCUUACUUGUGUAAGGAACGUUUGCUUAAGAAUUUAUGUGAAGGCAUGUCACAAAUUUAAGUAGGGUACGUAUCUCCUUUGUGAUUAGAUAUUAAACAAGUGAAUCAUUUAUCACAUUAAAUGACUUGGGCAUAAAGAAUGUCAGUGGUCUUAUUAGAUACAUUUAAAAUCUUCUGAGAAUUAUGUAAUAAACAACAUACCACAGAGUUCAAAAUUGUUAAUAUAGCAUUUACCUAGUUAGCAAAACUUCCCAAAUACAAUAUUUACUAGAGGGAAAAUAAUUACUUUUAUUUCAAUUUUCACAAAUUAUAUUGAGGUUUGCUGAAAUUUGUAUUGGGUUUAAGAUAAUUUUUUUUAUUAAAUUAUAUUGAGGUUUUUUAGAAAUAUGAAUUGUAUUUAAGAUAAAUUUAUUUUGUGCAAUGAGGUUUGGAGGGAGUAUGCAGAAUGUAAGUGUUGGACUUAAUGCAGAAAGUUAGUAGUUCCAAAAGUUGUAGUUGUGAGGUCAGCAACCAGGCAGCGGUGUGCUGUAUAUUGUGGGCUUCAUCACUGCGCUGUGGAUAUUUCACUGUGAAGAGUAACUUGGGACUUCGUGUUCUCUGUUGAUUGGUUGUAGUUGCCUCAUCAUUUUAACAGCUACCCUAUCUGGUUUACUGGUCUGCAGUAGUGGAAGGUCAAUUAAAAUAAAUGAGUUAUCAAAUUGCUGUUCAAAUAUUUGACAUAAUUAAAAAACCAAAUUAUGAGAGGAGAUGCAUUGCUGAAUAAUCGUAGAUACACAGUAGCUCACCUGUUCAUCCAGACUUAACAGAGUAAAGUUUAGGAAAUUUGUAUUUGGCUAUCCCACGGCUACCACGAGGAUUGUCUGAAAAGUUUCCGACCUCGGCACGAAGUUGGCAGCACUUGUCAACAAAACUUGGGGUAUGUGUUUGCGGAUGCUUUGGAAUGAAUUCUCUGAAAUUUCAGCCAUUUUGGAUGUGCAUUUGUUUUUUAAGAAUCGUUUGUUUAAGACUGUGCGCAUGUUUUUUUGUACUGGGACGCUGCACCACCGUUUAUCACAAGGAUAUUUUGGGCAGCUAAAUCCAAACAUGGCCAUACCAGCUUGGGUGCCGAGGAAUGUUUGCUGCACUGAACACUGCAAAGGGGGAAUCAGCUUCAAAAAUUACUGUUUGGCCGGGAAAGUGGCGUGGUGAUGAUUUGAAAAAGGAAAAAGUGUCAGGAGCAUACUAUGCAUCAUUAAUUGACCAACAUUAUUCCACCACCAUACCACAAUAACACAUUUAUAACAACAUACCACUACCAUAGCAUCACUCUACCACCAUCAUAUCAAACCAUCAUCUUACCACCGUAAUUAUAAUACCAAACCACCAUAAUACCAACAUACCACCAUUAUGCAGAUAAAGGUCACAUUUAAAGAAACAAAAAUUUUUUGUUUCACCAAGGCACACCUCAGCGGUUGCCACGACGAUAAUAUACAAAUUGCGGUUUCAACUGCUUGACCACCCUCCUUACUGCCCUGAUAUCAACCUGAUUGACUUUUCUUUGUUUCCUAGGCUUAAAGUUUCACUCUGAGGACAGAUUUGUGUUGAAUGAGGCAGAGACUCACGCAAACAAUUGUUAAAAAAACAACUGCGCAUCCAAAAUGGCUGAAAUUUUAGAGAGCACGUUCCAAAGCAUGCGCGCACACAUUCCCUAAUCUUUUCUUAACGAGUGCUACCAUCUUCAUGUUGAGGUUUGAAACUUUUCAGACAACCCUUAUAUAACUUUUGGGUAUUAAAAUAUAGAUUGAUGUUUGGUAGUUCAGCUCUUAACACAAUUUUCUGAACGUGUUACAAUGUUCUCGUGACAGUAAUAAAAAAAAAUGUCAGGUAACUAUGACCAGAACAUGAUAGGACCUGUAAGGAAAUGCAUAGUCUGACAUGACUGCCCUAGAUCAUUUUCACAUGAUACUGAAACUACUUUAAUUCACUGAUUUUUAAAUUAUCAAGUUAGAUCCAACUUAAUCUUAAAUAAGUUUUUUUUUUGCAUUUCUUGAUAAUUGCGGAGUGGUUCAGUUUAAUGAACGUAGUGUUUACUUUGUACUGUCUUGUGUAUGAAGUUAUAGCUAGUAUGCUACUGACUUGGUCAUUUUGCACAAACUGUAGUGAUGCUAAUAAGAGUUGCUGACACUAGCUGUGAGCAUCAAGGGUGUUUCAGAGUUUAAAGUUAUGCUCAAAGAGUGCUAGUUUUUUUUUUGUAACUGUCUCAAUGCUUGUUGAAUCAUUUUUAUGAGUAGAUAAUAAGAAUGAAGCAAUUUGAAAAUUAUCUUCGGAUUUUGUAAAUGGUAAACACUGGUUAUUUGAUACUUUGACCUUGAAUUUCACCGAAAGAUUCCUAACACAUUUCAUUCGCAAAUGUAACCCAUUACUUUUUCACAAAAAAAUGAAUGAACAAUGUUUUCAUGUUGUCCAGUUGUACCUGAUUUGCUGAUGACUGCCUUGGAAACAAUGUUUAGAUAGUAGUACUGUUCUUAAGUUUAAAAUUAUCAUCUUGUGUUUAUAGUUAGGUGUAGAACGUUUGCAUGUGUACUAACUAUUCAGGCCAAUUUAUUUGGAGUGUAUAUGUGUUCAAAAUGUAGUAAAGUCAUCUUAGCUGUUGGCAACUGGGUGUUAAUUUAUGGUGCUGAUAGUUCAUAAACCACUCACGUUCAUCCGGUAUCAGCCUGAGAAGAAAUAGCGGUGAAAUAAGCUGUGUCCAGGCUUUGAUUUCGUGCCACUGUUGUGACGUUCCAUCUCAAUUGAUUACCUCCCUUUCCUAGACUCCAUGCUCUACUGACAGUCAAAGGUUCUCGCAUCAAAGUUAUCAUACCUUUGGCUUUCAACCACAACUGUUACACAUAUAUUACCAAUUGCUAGAUAUGUUUUUACUGUACAAAUUUAGCAACAUGUUUUGAAAUUUUUUUCCCCUAUUAUUCAUGUAAAAUUUGUGUCAGUUUUUUUUUGCUGAUGAAUUUUGAAGAAAUAAAUGUACGAUGCAGCUCUGAAAAUAAUAGUGACAUCGAACAUGUGUUUUUGGAGUGCGACUGUCAAAUAUUUAUUGACAUUUGAUGUGUACAUACUAGCUUCAAAUUUUUAUAUGUAUACUAAAUAGACGUACAUUAACUGUUUAACGAUAAGAACAUUUUCUGUAUGCAAUUAUGAAUGGUGUUAAAUUAAGAACAUUUUCAUAUUUGAACAGACUGUUCAUGCAAUAUGUGGAGCAUUAGCUGAAAUGAACUUAGGAGCAGGUUGUGAUAUACUUUUUGUGAUGCAAUCAUGUAAUUUUAAGAUGAAAUAAUUACUUGAAUUAUUGGCAUUAUCAACUUAUUGUUAAAUUUUUUUUACUUACCAAUGUAAAUUGUCUUGCCUGUCGUGUAUACAUGCCAUUUGGUCAAUUGAUUUUAAUAUAUAUAACUUAUGCUUUUAUAAACAUGCUUGUAUCUAUUUUGUAGUAAGGUACAUUUUAAGCAUUUAAAAAUAAACAGACUAUAGUCGACUUUUAAUAU